UUUCCUCCGGCACUGGAUGGGAGAGGGAGGAUGCCAGAGAGCUGCAGGCAAACACACAUGUUCGAACCUUGAAUGGGAGCGAUGACCAGAUUUCUUCAGAUUUGCAAGAAUAUUUGAAAAAAAAAAAAAAAAAAAAAAUUAUAAAUCAGACAGUUCUGUGGGUUGCAGAGGUGCAUUUUUUUGCCCAUAUGGAAUAACAAUAAUUGUUGUUUAAAUACUGUGGAAGUAAGACAUUUUGGGACUUUCGGCUUCCUUUGGAAAUCUGGAAAAUAUGUCACGAAUGAGUCUGGUGGCACCUCAGGGGUAAAUCUGCUGAGUACUUCUGCUGGUCCUGGACUCUUCCUUUGCGAGGGGGGGGGACACAGGUGGCGAGGACCGCGACAUCACGGCCAUCAGGUUGAGCAUCAGCAAAGUAGGCAGCAAGCUGUUUAUGAAGGAUUCUCGAGCAAGGAAUCAUGAAAGAUAACUAUGGUGGAUACGAGAACCAGCUCUUCAAAGAGGAGGAUUUCACUGGAGAGGAGGAAAUGCCUUCAUUCAGAGGUCGAAGCAGAGGAGGCUGCCUGAGGUGCCAGCAGAGCCACUCUCUCCAGCUGGCGGUCAAAGUCCUCUAUGGAUUUGUUGCAUUCCUCAUCAUUACUGUGGCAGUGCUGGCAUCACUCGUGUUCAAGAAGGUCGACAGCCUGUCCGAGGAGGAGUCGGUCUACCACGCCAAGAUCUCCAGGGUCCAGCAAGGGAUCGAGGAUCUGAGCUCCACCUCUAACUGCUCAGGCUGUCUGGAUGUGACUCUGUACAGCGAGGAGAUCAGCAGGCUCAAGAGGGAGUUUGAGGACAUCCAGAGGAUGAUACUGGGACAGGAGCAGGUCCUGGACCAGGCCUCCCAGUCCCAGAACACCCUACAGGAGACAAACAACCGGCUGACACGCGACAUGCAAAACCACCUCAUGUCGAUCAAACUUCUCAACCAGUCGCUAGAACGCUACCUGGAUCGGGUGGAGGGCUGGAAGGACGUGAUCGAGGAGACUGAAGAGAAGAUGAAGACCCUGACAGAGGAUCAGUACAACGUCAAAGCUACAGCGCUGCAAGUUAACAUGACGGUGGCUCUCAGCACGAUGUGGAUAGACACCCUGCAGAGAAAAGCCGACGAGGAGACUCUGGUCCUCCAGAAGUUGACCAGCGACUGGCAGAACUACAGCCGGGUUCUGAGCGUCAUCAAGUCCAACAUGAGCAGCACCACACAAAACAUGCGCUUCCUCCAGAACAACAUCAUAUCUGACCACCAGAGAAUCGCCAUGUCCACUGACGUCUACUACGACCUCACCCAGCAGGUGAUGAACCUGCAGAUGCAGCUCGACAACGUGACGUCUUUCAUGGAUGAACACGAAGAGAACAUGCACGACCUUCACUACCACUCCAGAUACUACGAGAACCGGACGGGUGAGCGUUUCUCCGCUCUGGAUGGCCGUCUGAACUCCAUCUCGAUGGAGAUCGACACGAUCUCCUCCAGCCUCAACGCCACCGUCAGCCACGUCCAGAGCAUGUACAAGUACAUCAACAUCGAGAGCUCGUCCUGCCAGAGUCGCAUGGGCCAACACACUGAAGACCUGCAGAACCUGAACGACACCGUGUUGUUACUCCUCCACUUGGCCGACACACUGAGACAACAAAACAUGCUGUUGAACGUGCGACUGGAUGUUGAUGUCAGGAACUUGUCCAUGGUGAUGGAGGAGAUGAAGCUUGUGGAUGUUCACCAUAACCAGCUAAUUAAGAACUUCACCAUAGUGAAAGGUGCUCCUGGACCGCCAGGGCCCAAAGGGAACCGUGGUGAGACCGGCUCAAAAGGACCUGUGGGACUGACUGGGAGUAAAGGUGACCGGGGCCCGACAGGAAGCCGUGGUUCUGUUGGAGAGAAGGGUUCUCUUGGGCUUAAGGGAGCACCAGGUGAAACAGGUCCCAGUGGAAAUAGAGGGUCUGUAGGAAUCAAAGGAGCUAAAGGAUCUAUUGGUGCCCCAGGACCGCGUGGUGAGAAGGGCCAGAAAGGUGACAUUGGUCUCCCCGGUUUAGAUGGCAACGAUGGACCAGCAGGGCCUCUGGGAAUCCAGGGUCAGGCAGGACUGCCGGGCAUCAUUGGGCCACCGGGACCGAGAGGAAAACCAGGGCCCGUCGGGCCGCCUGGUCCUCCAGGAUACCCUGGACCUCCAGGGUUGCCGUACCAUCACGAUCGAGUCAACACCCAGCAGCGGUCCGUGACGCCUGCUACUGGGUCCAAGAGACAGUAGAAAGACGGACGAAGACAUGGACUCAGAAGUGAUUUGUACAAAGAGGCUUAAUUAUAAGUGACAGACACAAACUGAAGGAAACCAUCCAACGACUCUGAGAUGCAAUAAUCCAUUUCUUUUGUGUGUGCAAGACAAUCGUGAACAACAAAUCAAAUUCAAGACAGGGCUUUUAAAGGAGGCAUUAUCCUGAAUAUAUGACAUGGCCACAACCAAGAGGAAGGUCUAAUAGACAGAGAGCAGGACUGCUGCCACAGACUGAACUGUUGUUGAGAAGUGAGAAGAGGCCAAAGAUGAACUUUUGUACGGUGGUAUGUUGGAGAAAACGGUCUUUGCAUUGUUCUCACCAAAGACAAAGAAAACCCAAAUCAAACAAGUCCCUUCCAUUUAUGAAUGAAAUGAGUUUUUGUCAGCUCAAAAUUUUUUUUUUUCUUAUAUGUUGGAAUUAAUAGGAAUAAAAAACAUCUUGCCUUGUUGGAUAUACUGAAAGCAAAGACUGUUUGAGGUUGUUGUCAAGCCACAAAAACCUCAUGGGGGAUAAUAAAUAGGAGGGCUGUUAACCACAGAUUUGGACUUAAGUAGAGGUGUUUUCCCAUCUGGACUACUCGAGGGUUUACAUUCCCAUGCACUAUUUUAUAUUAUGGGCACAGAAAAAAACAAACACUUUUUUUUUUUUACAUUAUGUACACGUCGACACAUCCUUUUCUGGUGGAUGGCACUGUUUGUAAAUUUUCUAGCCAGUUUGCUUCUCUCUUGGCAUUUCAGAGCAGGUCCUCUGAAGACUUUUCUCUCAUCUACUGGGCAAAACAGAGGUGACGUUGCAGAAUUAACGGCCUGUGCAUUUCCACCCUUCUACACUUUGGUUUGGCAUAGCAUUGAACAUUUGCUUUGAUUGUUGCUCUUGUUCGACAAAGAAGGCAAGAAUGAAGAAAAAUUAUGAUUCCUGUUGAAGUGUGAAAACAUUAUAGGAAAUACACUCUCUCUCUCUCUGAGACUUUGAUAAGAUGAUCAGUGUUAGUCUGGUGUUUGUGUGCAGGAGCUGGAGACAGGACGUUAUUAGCCUAGCUUAGCAUAAAGACUGGAAGCACAGGGAAGGAGGUAGCCUGAAUCCUGACAAAAAUCACCAACAAACACGUUUUAUGGUGUUUGCUGAAAUCUGUAACCAGGUGGUUAUUAGCCUAGCUUAGCAUUACGGCUAGAAGCAGGUAGCCUGACUCUUUCCAAAGAUCACUAACUGGUUGUAUUUUAAUUUGUUCAAAUCUGUACAAAAAAAAUUCAGUGUCAUUGCUGUGUUAAGGGGAGUUUAGUGCACAACAGCACAUAACUUCCCCGUACAUGAUCUGAUAUUGCCUUGUUGUUGUUGCUGCUGCUGCUGGUGGACCAUGGAGAUUGUUUUUGUAAAGCCAGAGCUUUGCCACAUAGGGAAAAAGGCCAAAAAUACAUACGUGGGAGAAGUUGUCCUUUGGAACACGUGUUUAUAGUUGUGAAACGGUGUAUUUAAACCCAAACCAUGUUUUCCUAAACCCACUUAGUGUAAUAAUAAGUGAACAAGAUAAUAUUAUGUCCCAGCAGGAUACCAUCCCCACUCCUCUGAGUGGGAGUCUUAAACUGCACUCAGCCACAAUUGCUUGCUUGAAAUGUGUUUUUUGUCGCUAUUUGUAAGUUGAGAUGAUGGUUCUGGAGCGACAUUAAUUGUGACGUUCGAGGAACAACACCAACACAGCAAAAAAAGAUACACUUUACCCCUGCCUCCAUUUUUUACACUAAGCUAAGCUAAGCUAAGCUAAAAUGAUUGCCUCUGCCUCCAGUUCUGUACCUUAUGCAGAGAUUUAAGAGUGGUAUCAGCUAACUGUCUUUCACAGAUGUUGAACAAUUCCUUUGAGAGGUUUGAAAAGUCAUCCAACAAAUCAUGAAUAACAUUGGUGAACGUGUUGAUUCAUGAAAAAGCGUGUGUUUUUCUGCGACAGGAUUGUUUCUUUUCCCUCUUUCUACUUUAAACAAUUGUGAUACCGGAGACAUGACUUACAGGAGGGUUUUAUGAUACGUGCAUAAAUAAUCUUUUAUAUCUCCGAAAAAAAGAAAAAAAAAUACAAAAAGGCAAACUACUAUAAGGUACUAUUUUUGUAAACCUGUGAGUUGUAAUGAAAUGCGACUGGCUUGCAUCGAACUUCAAUAAAGCUUUUUUUUGAACAGUCUCA